GAGUCUGACAAAUAAAUGAUUUUCAUUCUUCUCUGUCGUCAGGAAUCCGACAGCGGAAGUGACAGCGGCUACCCCAGCGAGAGGAGGAGUGAAGGCGACCCAAAUGACAACGUAGACGGGAGGAAGAUGGUAGCUCCUCCGAGAGUCUCUGCAGCUUUAAAUUCAUACAAUCCUGACAACGAAUGGCUGACUGAGGAAAACUGGAGUUUCUACCACUCGUCUCGCGCUCACGUCCACAGAUCGUCCUGCGUGGCCACAGAGGUGGAGCGGCUCAACGCUCUGCUGCAGACAAAGAUUGGCCAGUCGAACCUCGGGAAGGUCCACUUGGCGAUGGUGCGGUACCACGAGGCGGGUCGUUUCUGUGAGAAGGACGAGCAGUGGGAUCAGGACUCGGCCAUGUUCCACCUGGAGAGAGCAGCUCUGUGUGGAGAGCUGGAGGCCAUUGUAGCGUUAGGACAGUGCUACAUGCAGCUGCCUCAUCACAUCCUGCCUGACUUGAAGUUCGAGGAUAAUGCAGGAAACAGGAUGAAGGGUUUUAAAUAUCUGCUGCUGGCAGCCGAGGCUGGAGAGAGAUCGGCUAUGAUCACAGUGGCCAGAGGCUUUGACACUGGGAUCAGUCUGCCAGCUGACAGAAAGCAGGACUGGAAGGAGGCGAUCCACUGGUACGACGGAGUGUUGAACACGACAGACCACGAUGAGGGGGGAGAGUUUGAUGGGACGCAGGACGAGCCUCGACACCUGCUGCUGGCCAGAGAGGCAGAGAUGUACCAAGAAGGAGGACACAACCUCACUGCUGACCCACAGAGAGCAGGUGAUCUGUUCACAGAAGCGGCAGAAGCUGCCACGGCGGCCAUGAAAGGUCGACUGGCAAACCAGUACUACAUGAAAGCUGAAGAAGCCUGGGCGCUAAUGGAGGAGUAAUUCUAGAUUCACAUUUCUAUCACAAAAAGGCCACGGGGGUUCAUUUGUCUGACCGAUAGCCAGGCUAGUUUACAUUUUAUAUUACAGGAUGUUUGCUAACAGUGCUACGUGUGUGUGUGUGUGUGUGUGUUCUUUCAGUCUUAGUUUAGCAGCAUAGUUAAUGAGUUUCUUUUUCCUGUUUCUUUUUCCUCUUUUCUUUAAUCUCCACCUUUACUUACCUAUUUGCUUCAUGAAUGCAUGAAAGAGGAAAAACUGCAGAAUCAAAUAAAGAGUAACGUUUACUUUCUUUGACCCAAACGUUAACAAAGUUGUUUUAUGAUUGCAUGUUAAAGAAAGAAAAAUGUAAAUAAAGUUUAAUCUGCUUUUUGGGUAAA